AUGGCUUUAAUCGACAGGGGUGCUCCCAGUGACACCAUCGACCUUGAAGGAAUGGUCCUCGACUCCAAGCGCCGUAAUCUCACUCCUGUAAGAGGCAUGUACUUCAGCCCUGAGCGUGAGCUCGUUGAGCAUGCUAUCAAGUUCUCACAGCGCCAAGUCGAGGGCAAAGUGAACCUUGUAGCCUACAAGCUGCGCGUAUAUCGUUGGACGGUCCAGCGAGACCUCUAA